CUUCGUUUCUCAGCCAAUGACAGUGGGAACUGUCUGUGGGAGUUGCUCCCGGCCGCGUGUUUACAACUUCAGUUCCACUUUUGUGAUAAACAGGGCUGGAGAGAGAGAGAAGGGGUGAAAUCUAUUUGCAUUUUUGAAGAAGUGAUUGAAAGAACAAUUUAAAAUUGUAUUUCCUGAGCAAGUUGUGUCUGCAAGACUUCAGAUAUUAUCAUACAUGGUUAACAACAUGACUUCAUGUGCCAGAACAGCAAGGCUAUGUCUUUAGACAGACAAUGGAGUAUCAUUGUCUCCCUGAGUCCUUCUCCGAUGAUUUUGUUGUGGAAUGUUGGGUGUGGGAUGUUAAUGCAAAAUCACCAGCAGUACAACUUUCUCCUUGUCGGAGAGCAGUUUACUUCCACAUUGAUCCCGUCUUGCAAAGUGAAGGUACAGCUGGAGUGAGAGGAACAAAAGGCUUCAUCCAUGGAGAACAUUAUUGGGAAGUUAAGUUUCUUGAACCUCCAUAUGGUACCUCUGUGAUGGUGGGUGCUGGAACAAGAAAUGCACAUCUUCAUCUCGGUAAUUACACAUUUAUAAACAUGCUCGGGAUGGAUUCCGAAAGCUGGGGCUUAUCCCACAAAGGUAUAACCUGGCAUAAUGGCCACAGCAGGCAAUAUACUGAACCAUUUUACGAGAAAGCCACAAUCAUAGGAGUUGACCUAAAUCUGUGUGAUGGUACUAUGACCUUUUAUAAGAAUGGACGCAAUUUAGGUGUGGCAUUCACAGGCCUCAAUAAGGUUGGAGUACCCCUAUAUCCCAUCGUCAGUUCCACAACUGCAGAAACAGAACUUCAGCUUUGGAUGAGAAGCUGUCGGCUCAUGUCACUACAGGAGCAGUGUCUGUACACAGUCGUCCAGCACCUAAUAGACAAAGUUCACAUUGACACACUGCCACUCCCUGCCUACAUCAGAGGACAACUUAAAGAAUUUUCAAAGUAAUCACUGAGGAAGUGCCUUUGAUGUCCUGGCAGACUGCAAUCAUUCAAAAUCACUGAAUUGAUAAGAACUUCCUCUUUUAUGCUAUGAUAUCAUUGUUAACUCCGCAACAAGUUAUACCUUAGAAAGGAAAUUUAAUUUAAUUUUUAAUGGCAUUAAAGUCAUAACUAUUAUUGAA